ACAGAAGUAUUCUGUAUUUCUGGUUUACAGACUACUACCGUAAAUUAAUUUUACAUAUGAAUACUGUAAAAAUAACGGUAUACUGCUGGCGUCUCUGCUGCCAGCUCUUUACUGUAAAUUAUAUAAAUACAGAACAAUACAGUUUUUCUGGUUUACAGACUACUACCGUAAAGUCAUUUUACGUAUAAAUACCGUAAAAAUAACAGUAUACUGCUGGCGUCUCUGCUGCCAGCUCUUUACUGUUAUUUUACAGGGAAAUUUUUUACAGUGUAAUGCUAUUACACUAAUAGUUACCAUUACUCUUAUUAAAGGCUGGGUGCAUACAUUUUGAAAAACACUUUGGAAAAGGCAGUCAGGCCGAAUACCAAAACACACUUGUAGCCAAUCAGCAGUAAGGGGCGUGUCUUCUAACCAACAUCAUUGCCUGGGUUGUGUAUGUGUGGGGCGGGUCUAUCAAAAGAAGGUCCAGAUUCUAUUGGGGUAGAGGCGUGUUUGUUUAGGUGAUUUCAUAUAUCAACACUGGCUUUCAGAGAUCAUGCACCCCGCCUUUAACAGAAGCAAAGUAUUUAAAGUGAGAAGGAUUCAUAAAAAACAUGCAUUUGAACCUUAAUCUUUAAAUGUUGAUGUUAAAUCCACUAUUGUAUUAUAUAUCAUUGAUCUACAGUACAUACACACGCUUCAAUUACAUCAUUAAAUUAAUGAGGAAUCCCUUUAUGGAAAAAGCUAAAAGUUACAGUAACUAAUUACUUAGUAACAGUAGUGAAAGUUUUAGUGGAACAGACGGCCAUCAAAUCUUGACCUCUAUCACUAACUGAUCACUAAAGUUGUAAUGUAAAACUUGAUAUGAGUAUGAUAUCAUGUUCAUGUGUAUUUCUUUUAUUUUUUGUUAAUUUAAAUUCAGUUUGAAAAUGAUUUUGAGUUCAGAUGUGAAUGCGACACAAACAUCUACUUACACAAUCACUGAUAGACGUGCAGCGGUUUAAAGGUCACGCACUGAUUUGAGUUUUGAGAUUCUUCAAUAGGUGGAUUAGAAAGAGAGAAGCAGACAGCCGGCGGUGUGGUGAGACGUCAUUACGAUGAGAAGGAGAUCUCGUCUGUUUCAGUGUGUACUCACCUCAGUCUCUUUGUGUUUAGUGCUGUUUGUGAGCUCACUGUGGCUGCCUCAAGGAAAGUUUGAGAGCUGUGAUCGUUCAUUACAGCCAUGUCUGAGUGUCUAUUCAGCAACUAAAGAGCCUGCUGCUGUUACCAAUGAUGUGUAUCCAGGAAGUGAUGUCAUCAAAGAGUGUGUUGGACAGAAGUUCCAAGCGUCCCGCCUCCUCCACUAUCUAAACUCCGCCCUCGGGCCCGCCUCUGACGUUCUGUUAGAACCGUACCUGCUCUGCUGGGAUGAGCUGAUUAAGUUUAUGGAGUCUUUGGGUCCACUGGUGGGUUUUUUCACCUACAAGGUUGAAGAGAAGAUUACACUCAUCCGACAGCUCUCGAAGGAAGAAUCUGCACAUCAGAGAAACGUCAUACAGUCUACCCAUAAUCCUCAGCUCACAGAUCAACACGCCUACCACUCUGUACGGUCCAUGCUGGAGGCGGAGCUGGAGAGGGGCGUGGUCUCCUUUGACAGACAGACAGACUCCGGGAGUCGGACUCUGCUGCGUCUCCAUCGCUCGUUGCUAUGGUUACAGCUGCUGCUGGAAAAGUUGGGGACAGAGCCUGAUGAGCGGAGCAUGGGUGAGCUGUGUCGGGAGGCGUAUCUGCAGGUUCUAGCGCCGCAUCACCCCUGGUUUGUCCAGCGAGCUGCCGAACUCGUGUUCCAGUCCAUGCCCGACAGAGGCGUGUUCCUGCAGCUGGUGUGUGUGCGCAGACGCGAAGAGGCGGAGCCUGUGAUCAACAUCAUCAUCACAGCCAUCCGAGAAAUUCACCAAAGGACAGAGAGAGAACUGAAGCUCAGGAACAUGCUGGACCUACCGUAACACACACACACACAGACACAAACAAAUCUGCAGACAAACAAAAUCUUCAAAAAUUCAAGGUUCAAUUUUGUUUCAUAACUUUAAUCUUAUUUAUUAGGUGCGGCUUUUCUGCUGAUUGAAAUCAAAUGAUUGGUAACACUACAGUAAAGUGAAUGUAAUGUUACAGUUAUAAUAAAAAGAUGAAUAGCUCUAA